CGCCCCUGCAACUCGUAUGAUCGACAAACUCGGACACAUUGCGUGUCCUUCAAAACUAGGGUUUUCUAUUUUCUCUGUACGGACUGAGGUCGAAACACGAAAGAUCGAAACUUGAAGUGAAAAUGGAGAUGGGUUUCCUGGAGAAUCAAGCAUCUGGAGCUCAAGCUCCCAAUUUCAUGGAGAUUGGAUCUGGAAAUUACGGGUGCUCGCAUUACAGGAGAAGAUGCAGAAUCAGGGCGCCGUGUUGCGAUGAGGUUUUCGAUUGCAGGCAUUGCCACAACGAAGCUAAGAAUUCUCUUGAAACCGAUCCCCUCGACCGACAUGAUCUUCCACGACAUGAAGUUGCAAAGGUCGUAUGCUCAUUUUGUAACACAGAACAAGACGUCCAACAAAAUUGCUCAAAUUGUGGCGUAUGCAUGGGGAAGUACUUCUGCCCAAAGUGCAAAUUCUUUGAUGAUGAUGUAUCCAAGAGACAAUACCAUUGCAACGAAUGUGGGAUUUGCCGUACUGGAGGUGAAGAAAACUUCUUUCACUGUGAAAGAUGCGGUUGCUGCUACUCUAAAGUGAUGAAGGAUACACACAGAUGUGUCGAAGGAGCAAUGCAUCACAAUUGCCCGGUUUGCUUUGAGUAUCUAUUCGAUACCACGAGAGAUAUCACAGUCUUGCGCUGUGGCCACACUAUGCAUUUAGGGUGUGCAAAGGAAAUGGAGCUUCAUCACAGAUACACAUGCCCUGUAUGUUCCAAGUCCAUUUGCGAUAUGUCCCGUCCAUGGAAGAAGCUCGAUGAAGAGAUUGCCGCAUACCCAAUGCCGAAAUUGCACCAAAAUAAGAUGGUUUGGAUUCUGUGCAAUGACUGUGGUUCGAAUUCGCACGUUCAUUUUCACGUUAUAGCUCACAAAUGCAGAAGCUGCGGUUCUUACAACACCAGACAGAUACAACAUGGAAGCUCUGACAAUUCCUGCUCCUCUGGAAUUGCCCAUGUGGUCGGUUCAACCAGUUAAUUAUCCUAAACCGGGCCGGUUCCCAUCUUAAUUACAAGUGGUAUAUCAGCCGGUUAAAGACCGUUUCUACCAACCGUAUCCGUAUGCCUGAUUAGUAGCUGGUAUCUUAGCUGAACUGAAUGCAAGGGGAAAUUUGUACCGAAACCGCGGAGAAUCAGAGAUUGGUGUUCGGUUUGGCCAAACCAAACUAAACCGGUUAUUGAUAUUCAUUCAAGCGGAGGCAAAGGGGGAGUCAAUCAAUCGAAUCUGAAUUCGAUAAUUAAGUACUCACCAAAUUCAUACAUAUGUGGAUAUAAUUUGGGAUUGUGUGUGUGGCCCUCUCUCCAUUCUCACGUUGGUCUCUGAAUCCAAAAACGUUAAAACUGUAAAACCUAAUAAGCAUACAUAUGGUGUUUUCUUUUCCAGCAAGCAAUGCUGUCUUGUUAUAAGCUAAGGAGAAGGCAAACCUGUAGAUUUGGAUGACAAGAUCACGAA